AUGUCAACCUCCCCCCAUCGCACCUUCCAAAUCAAAACCUCCGCCUCAAACUCCCCAACAAUCUCAAUCCAAAUCCGCGAACUCGCCGGCAUAAAAGCAGAAAAUCUCAGCCUAGCCACCUGGGGAGCAUCAGCAGUGCUCGCCAACCUCCUCCAUCGAUGGAAAACCGCAGAAUGGGUGAAAACCCUACAAAAACAAAAAGAACCUCCUCAAAUCUUCGAUCCCAUCCCGAUCCUCGAAUUGGGAGCCGGAACGGGACUCACAGGCCUCACGGCCUCAAAUCUCUGGUCCCUGCCAGCAAUCCUCACAGACCUACCCUCCAUACUGCCGGGGAUAGACGUGAACAUAUCCCUCAACAGCAAGCAAAACCAAUGUCUCUCCGGCUCUCUCGACUGGACAUCACCCAAAACCCUGCACCUCCCGACCCUCUCGACCCCUCCAACCUCCGCCUCAAUAAUCCUAGCAGCAGACACAUGCUACACAACCUCGCACCCAGUCUUAAUAGCCUCCACAGUUUUCGCAUGGCUGAAGAAAGACCGCAAUGCUCGAGCGAUUUUCUGUUAUCCUUUGCGCAUGGCGUAUGUAGAGCAUGCGAGGAAGUUGUGGGAGGAGAUGGAAGGGAAAGGGUUUGUGUGUGUGGAGGAAGGAAGGGAGACGAGUGGGGAGGAGACGUAUGGAGAGUUUGAGAGAGAUGUGCCGUAUGAGUGGAGUUGUUGGGGGUGGAAGGAGUUUCAUGAAGAGGCUGUUGCGAGGAGGGAGGAGGAGGAGAAGGGUCAGGGUGUUUGGAUGAGUUGGUGA